AUGUUAACCUCCAUCAAAAGUACACCAGAUCGAAUCGAAAAUGCUCAAAGAUUCGACGAUACGCUGAAACUAAUAUUUGAUUUACUUGAAAAUGGUCCAUACGAGGAUUAUGCUGUUGAAGAGGAGGAGCAUUCGUAUCUGAUCAAAUCAAAAAUUAUUGUUCAAAAGAAAAAUAUUGAUCAUAUUCUGAUUACUAUCGGAGUACCCCAAGGAAACAGGCAAAUCGAAAGGUUAAACAGAACCAUAAUAUCAUCUCUAAGUGCUUUAUCAGUAGAAGAACCGGAAAAAUGGUUUAAGUAUGUGGAAAGAUUACAACAAAUUCUUUACAGAACUAACCAUAGAAGUACAGCCGUCUCCCCAUUUAAAGUUUUCACUGGAAUCGAUAUGCGUUAUUCUGAAGAUCUAAAAUCACAAGAAUUACUAGAAAAAGAUUUGAUACAAAGACUAGAUGAAGAACGAUCUCAAGUACGAGAUGAUGCUGCAAAACAAAUAGCACGAAUUCAAGAAGAAAAUAAAAGAAAUUACAAUAAAAGAAGAAAGAAAGCAAGAGUUUAUGAAGUUGGUGAUUGGGUUGCAGUUCAACGAACACAGUUUGAAAGUGGACUUAAGUUGAGAAUAAAGUUGUUAGGACCUUAUAAAGUUAUUAAAUGA